AGCUCGGCGCAGGGCGGGGCUCAGAGUAGGCGGGUCUUCCGGCCUCCUCCGCUGUUGCCAAGGGAGACAGCCGCAGAGAGGCGGAAGAAGCUGUGGACAAGCGGCCGGAGCCGAAGAGGCGCGCAGUAACGAUGGCGGCAGUGGCGGCCUCGGGGCCUGGGUUUCGGGGCUGGUGCUUGUGUCCCGAGGUACCUUCCGCCACCUUCUUCAUUGCGCUGCUCUCGUUGCUGGUGUCCGGGCCCCGCCUGUUCCUGCUGCAGCCACCCCUGGCGCCCUCUGGCCUCUCGCUGAAGUCCGAGGCCCUGCGCAACUGGCAAGUUUACAGGCUGGUGACCUACAUCUUUGUCUAUGAGAAUCCAGUCUCCCUGCUCUGUGGUGCCAUCAUCAUCUGGCGCUUUGCUGGCAAUUUUGAGAGAACCGUGGGCACCGUCCGCCACUGCUUCUUCACCUUGAUCUUCACCGUCUUCUCUGCUAUCAUCUUCCUGUCGUUUGAGGCUGUGUCAUCACUAUCAAAGCUGGGGGAGGUGGAAGAUGCCAGAGGUUUCACCCCAGUGGCUUUUGCCAUGCUGGGAGUCACCACUGUCCGCUCCCGGAUGAGGCGGGCCCUGGUGUUUGGUGUGGUUGUGCCCUCAGUCCUGGUGCCAUGGCUCUUGCUGGGUGCCUCUUGGCUCAUUCCCCAGACCUCUUUCCUCAGUAAUGUCUGUGGACUUUCAAUUGGGCUAGCAUGUAUCCUUUCUAAAAGAGAAUCAUUGAAUAAUGCCAUGCCGAAGGGAAAACCAAGUUAGAGGGUUUGUGUAGAGAGAGCAUCUUGGUUUCAGUUGUAGGCACCAAAGGUUCUAGCUUCAGCUAUGAAAAGCAUGUAGCCUUGGGCAGUUCACCUCCCCU